GCCGCAGACACGUUGGUAUAAUACAGCCGAUGACACUAACUGCGCUGUUACUCAAGAUAACAACAUAAAAACAUCGGCAACAAGGGAACUCAUAAUGAAAAAACACCACGGUAGACAACACUAUCCAAAGCAAAGAACAUUUCUUAAGGCAGAGGGUCCGCCUGUAAAUUCGAAAGAGAAUGUGACAUCAGGCCAGAAUGAAACCAGUCGAUAUUACCAUGACCAGUCUGUACUCGAAGAUAAACACGUCAGAAAUAAGUUAGAUAUACAAUCUCAACUUGAAAGCAAAAGGCAUUCUAGUAAAAAAAAUAUAUCUGUUGAUCGAACUGAUUUUGAAAUUCCAAGAGCCAUUAAUUAUGAUAAUAGUGGAAGACAAAAUGCAGAGUCUUCCUCAGGAAAACGUCUACCGAUUUUAUCGACAACGUAUUAUGCUCAAUUCCAAAGGGGGAAUGGAAACUUUGUCCGAAGAGGAUUGCAUGCUAGUCCAGACCGAAACGAGUCAGGUGGUAGUUUGCAUACAACGGCACUUGACAUACAUGAGAGAAACGAUGAACAACCAACCAUGACCAGUUUACAGAACAACAAAAGUAUACCGAUUGAAUAUGAGUCAGCAUCUCCGUUUCCUUUUCAAAAAACGACGAUAAGCUCUGAAGAACUAUCAAAUCGUUCUUCAGAAACCAUUUACAGGCGUAAAAACGGAGGAAAUAAAAUUCAAAAUGAUCAACAUGCUAUGCUUUCGGAAAGCGAUCAAAGUAACAGACGUAACGAGAGAAGAACUGUGGGAAAGUUUAAAUCCUGUUUAGUGCCCGACACGGAAUGCACACUCAUUCUACCAAAGCCACACAGAAAACAAUAUUGAAUACAUCGAUGGAUGUAGAUCUAAAACACAAAGCAUGAUACAUCCAGCCAAGAGUGGAUCUACUCCCAGUAAGGAUACCAAAAUGGAUUAUAAAGAAACUAAUAUUUAUCAGUCAACGACUAGAGAUGAAACACAUGAUCAUAAACUAUCUAUCACAGGAACUUCUAAACAUGAACCAGUCGGCUACGGUUUUCCAUUUCUAAAAGCAAUGGAAAAAAACGACGCGUCUAUCAUUGUUAUGGAACUAACGAACAAAGAUAUCGCAUUACGAAAAUGUAUUGUAAGAACAAAGUUAGAUCCAGAAUUGCUGUUGCUCUUUCUUAAAGUGUUAAACAAAGCAUUCGAAAGUGUAGAUGUGCCAACCGCGCUUUAUACACUUUUUGAAAUUUUAUGCGAAGAGGGUUUUUGGGAAGCACUUCUAACCUUCUUGAUCGACCUGCAGUCAAGUUUCGACUCGGAUACAAAACACACUGUUGUAACAUGUGUGACACAAAUUAUGACAAAUCAAGUGGCCAAAAAUCCAAUGACUAUCUCAGUAUUCAGAAGGUUGUUUACAAUUAUAAAAAUGAUCGCUGAUGACCCAGCAAACGCUUCUGAUAUUAACGAUGUAACAAGGAAAUCAUUGAACGAUUUUGCGGAUCUUAAUAAUGCUUAUAGAAAAGACGAAAAACCAAAUGAACGCAGCCAUGAAGGUAAACCACCAGACGACUUUAGAACGAUACCGGUUCUUCCGAGAAUAGAAGACAUCAAAGGCUUCAGCCAACCAUUCCUACGGAAAAACAAACUAGGCGGACAAUACGGAGACGUAGAUGAUUAUUUAGAUGUACAAUUAAUACUUUUAAGAGAAGAUUUUAUUGGCCCUUUAAGAGAUGGCAUCACGGAGUACAUUAAACACAAACAAAGCAAAACUAAACCAAACGUUAGACAUACUGAUGUUCGUAUAUAUCGAAACGUAAUUGUAGUUGGACCAGAACUCACUGAAUUUGGUUUAAGUUUCAAAAUGAAAAUGGAAAUUACACAAGGGCUAAGAAAAAUACAUUGGGAGUUAGGAAAACGUUUGAUAUAUGGAUCAUUGGUUUGUCUUUCCGACAAUGAAUUUGACACGCUUGUUUUGGCUACCGUAAUUGACAACGAAAAGAUAAGGGACGGGCUAUUUACUGUUUUUAUUGAAAAUGAAAAUGUCAAGAUAUCAGAUGUGCUAAACAGAAACUUUACUAUGGCUGAAUCUACAGUGUAUUUUGAAUCUUACAAACAUGUACUAUAUGGGCUUCAAUCCAUCAACGAAACGAAUUUCUCAUUUGCAAAACAUAUUAUAUUUAGCCAACCGAAAUGCUCCCCACCUGCGUAUUCGGAUCACGAAACAACUUUUGAUUCGCAGCUGCGAGCCAUACAGAACGCACUAUCAAGAGAAUUUGCAAUUAUUCAAGGUCCACCAGGAACGGGAAAAGCAUACAUUGGUCUUAAGUUGGCAAAGGUUUUGCUUCACAACAAAGACACAUGGGGCAAUGAGAGUGGAAUGACCUCACCGAUGUUGAUAGUUUGCUAUACAAACCACGCACUUGAUCAAUUUCUUGAGGGAGUUGCGAAAUUUUAUCGCGGGGACUUGGUGCGCGUUGGUGACCGUUCGAAGAGUGAGCGGUUAAAAAACUAUACAUUGAAACAAUAUCGGAUGGGCGCUAACAGUCCUCGGAGCGCUAUCGGGAAAAUGACGCAAUUAAAAAACUCGGCGCGUAAGGAUUUGGACAAAUCUCAAACCAAAAUACGCGAUUUAACCAUAACUAUACAAAUCUGUUUACAAAUUAUAAUCAACGAAGAAACAUUACGUGAUGUAUUGAGCGAUAGGCAAUUCCAAUCAUUGCAAACAAAUAGAAUAUCAACGAAUACCGAUGAUUCUGCUCAAUCAACAAUAGCUCAUUGGCUACGAACGGACUUAAUAGAGCAUGAGUGCAGACUGACAAUAUACGAAGGCCCCAAUGAAGAUGAGGAUUUGGAAAACGGCAUUCAUGUAACCACAGGAAACGAAAGAUCUGCUAGUAUACUUUUCGAAGAUAUACUACCAGAGUUCGACACAUCUGAGGUUGCAAUAUUGUAUCAAGCCAGACGGAAGAUACUCUCAGGUUAUAAUGUCACUAAGGAAUACGUGCAUGAAAUUUUGAAUCAUAUAACCAAAAUUCGUUUUAAUUUAAAUGAAAUAGAAUUAAAUAUCAAAGAAGUUAAAAGCAAUGAGGAAUUAUCCAAGAAGGAACAGAAAAACAAGAUUAAGGAACUGCAAAGAGACCACAAGAGAAUGAAGCAAGAAGAAAAUGAUCUUCAGUUUCGCUUAAAACAAGAACAAUUAAUUCGGAAAUCUGUCAAGAACAAGAUACCAAAUCUAAUUUUAAGUCAUGAUUUGAUGACACACCAAGAAGCAUGUGAUGUUGACGACAUUUGGAAGCUCAACCUUAAAGACAGAUGGAGACUUUAUCGAAGCUGUGUGCAGACAUAUUGUUUGUAUUUAUAUCAUAAGAUUGAACAAGAAAGGGAAGGUUUUAAGAUAAUAGCUAAACGAUACAAAGAGGCACAAAUGCUUGAAGAUCGAGAAAUAUUGCGACAUUCCUCCGUUAUUGGAAUGACAACAACAUGCGCUGCUAGAUACCUCAGCACCUUACGGGACAUAAAACCUCCGAUUGUGAUUGUUGAAGAGGCGGCUGAAGUAUUGGAAGCUCAUAUCAUCACAACCCUGAGUGAUGGAUGCAAGCACCUUAUUUUGAUAGGUGAUCACAAACAGUUGCGACCAAAUCCAUCGGUUUAUAUACUGGCUACCAGAUACAAUCUGAACAUAAGCCUUUUCGAACGCAUGGUCAAUAACGGAGUGCCACACGAUUGUUUAGAGCUUCAGCACAGAAUGAGACCAGACAUAGCGGAUAUCAUGCGGCAUAUUUACCCAGGUCUUCAAGAUCACAACCAUGUGCGAUGCUACGGCGAUGUAAAAGGCUUAGCAAAGAAUGUCAUGUUCAUCAAUCAUAACGAGCCAGAAAUUUCAAAUGGUGAGCUUAAAAGUUAUGCUAAUCCAUUUGAAGCCGAUUAUGUUGCUAAACUUGCAAAACAUCUUUUGCUACAAGACUACAAUGGGUCCCAAAUAACCGUUCUUACCACAUACACAGGUCAGUUACUUGAAUUAAAAAGACGUAUGAACCGCGACGAAUAUGAGGGAGUCAAUGUAACCGUAGUAGACAAUUAUCAAGGAGAAGAAAAUGAUAUUGUCAUAUUAUCACUUGUAAGGAGCAACCAUGAAAAUCGAAUAGGGUUUUUGAAAACUGAAAAUAGAAUUUGUGUUGCUCUUUCGCGGGCAAAAAUGGGAUUCUUCGUAGUCGGUAAUUUUGACCAAUUAUCAUCUGUGUCGUCUUUGUGGAAAGCUAUUACAGACGACAUGAUAAAAAGGGGUUCUAUCUCAAGAGGAUUACAACUCCGUUGCGCUAAUCAUCCAAACGACCCACCGAAAAUUGCAAAAACGGCCAUGGACUUCCAUGAUGCUCCACUAGGCGGGUGUACGAAAAUGUGUGGAGCAAGACUGAAUUGUGGCCAUACUUGUCCACUGAAGUGUCAUAUAAAAGAUCCCUCUCAUAAAUUGAUGAAGUGUCAAAAACCAUGUUACCAACAUUGUGAACGGAACCAUCAGUGCACAGGCAAAUGUUAUCAAGAUCCUUGCCCACCAUGUAAAGUAAUUGUUACGAUGACCAUUCCACAAUGCGGGCACUUGCAAGAUAUCGAAUGUAAUUUGGAUCCUUCUAAAGUUAUUUGCAACACUAAACCUUGUCCUACACGUCUCGAUUGCGGACACCCAUGUACCCAUGCAUGCGGUUAUCCGCAUACUGAAAACUGUGAAUAUGAAAUUGAAAAGAAAUUUUCCUGUGGACAUACAUGCACAAUUCGUUGUUGCCAGAAAAAUUCAGAACAAUGUAUACAGCCUUGCGGCAGUAUACUACAAUGUGGCCAUGAAUGUAAUGGUACGUGUGGUUCUUGCUUAAAUGGAAGAUAUCACGACAGAUGCAGGCAAAAAUGCAGUCGUAUUUUAAUAUGUGGUCAUCAAUGCAAAUCACCGUGUGCGCAUUGUUUGCCAUGUGAUCAGAAAUGUCAAAACAAGUGCGUACAUAGCACAUGCAACAAACUGUGUGGCAUCCCAUGCACGCCUUGUAAGGAACCAUGUACAUGGUCUUGUAAACAUGAUCAAUGCUCCAAACUUUGCAGUGAACCAUGUAAUCGGCCACCAUGCAACAAACCUUGCGAAAGAAUACUAAACUGCAACCACAUAUGCAUUGGUUUGUGUGGUGAGCCAUGUCCACACCUUUGCCGAAUUUGUGAUAAAGAAAAAGUAACUGAGAUUUUCUUUGGCACUGAAGAACUCCAAAACGCGCGAUUCGUAAAACUGGACGACUGUGGGCAUGUACUUGAAUCCACAGGUCUUGAUUACUACAUGAAUAUGAAAGAAGAAACCGGAGAGCUUUGUUUUAAAUGCUGUCCAAAAUGCAAAACGCCUAUUCGCAAAUGUGUGAGAUAUGGAAAUAUUGUGAACAAGCAGCUUCGAGAUAUUGAACAAGUCAAGAUAGCAAUUCUCGGUGGAUCAUUCGGAAAAUUGAAAACAAUGUUGGACUUGGAAACGAAGUUUUUGUUAAAACAAAAAAAUCAAAUAUCUAAGUCAAGCUACGCAUCAAUAUCAGCUACGGAGCUCGCUUUUAAAAGUUGUAAUGCUGCGAUCAGAAAUGCUUACUUCAAAAUUCAAAAGCGGAUAACGUCCCUAAAAGAAAACAAAAGUUUUAUUAUUUUAUCUCAGCAAGUUAUUCAAACAAUAAACGUUCAACUUCAAGUUAUACAUAAAUUCGAAACUUUGUUUGAGAUGACAGUGAACACACAAAGAAUGUCGUUUUUUGAAGACAUUGUUAAAAAAGUUGCAGAAGCUCGUUUUGUAUUUUCUGAGCAAGAACUAAUGGAUAUAAACACCGAAUUAAACCGGGCCCAAUUGUACUUCAAGUGUCAUAAACUGGAGAAACAUUUGAAACGAGUUGGUAAACAUUCCAAAGUAACAAAUGACAUUAACUUUGUGAGGAACACAUUGUUUUCGGUUCAUGUAUUAACUGCAGAUGAAUUUGAUCAAGUGCGUGCCUGCUUGGAUCGCAUGAAGGACAUGGCUAUGAUUCCAGGGCUUAAGAUAACUGAAGAAGAGCGGAUUUCAAUAACACAGGCAAUGAAACUAAACAAGGGUCAUUGGUUCAAGUGCCCGAAUGGGCACGUUUACGCCAUCGAUGAUUGUGGAGGGGCAAACCAAAGGUCAAAAUGUCCAGAAUGCAAGGCGGACAUUGGUGGGGAGCAUCAUCGACUAGCGGAAGGGAACCAGUUGGCAUCGGAAAUGGACGGAGCAACGUUUGCAGCGUAUUCGGAAGAGGCGAAUAACCGUUGGAACUUUAACCACAAUGAUCUUCAUUAAACUUGUAUGAAACAUGUUUUUGAAUGCAGUGCUUUGUAUCAAAUAGACAAGAGAUUGCAUUUGGUAGGACAAUAUUCCUUUAAGUUUAUGUAAAGCAUUUAAACCAUUACGAAUUGGUUGAAAUCACUGGGCUCGACGCGACAUUCGUAUUUAUCGUUUUAUAAUACACAUGAUUAUUUAUCCGAAUUAUAACCGUUAAAAUAUUUAUAUAUUUUGCGAUAAAUAACCCGACUGAAAUCAGCAAUCUCUUUAAAAAGACGAACAUAAUUUUUUUUAAGUGUGUUCGCAUAAAUACAGUAUUGUUAAACUAUUUAAAGAUAGUUGGUCUUUUAAUGUUGUUACAUUUCAAAUUUCAAAGAGUUUAAUACACGUUUUUAAGAAGCCAUUGACAUUUCGCAUCGAUGUUUUGCGUCACGACCCACUUGAGGCAGCCACUGUGCAGGGGUGUGUGAGUGACGUUACUAAAAAUCGUCCUCCCUUUUAUUGAAUAUAAUUAUUUCUUGCUUGUCUCAAUUAAACUGGGUCUAAAAUAGAAGAAUAUCUUAUGCUGACCUUUGAAAUUGUAACACUGACAAAAACAUACAACUUUUAGAAUUAAUACACAUGUAUAUAAUUGUUAUAUAAAUGCAAAUUCCAUGUAUAUCAACGCUUUGUAUGUUGUGCAUUUAGAAUUAAUUUUGCACCAACGUAUUUAUUUCAAAAGAAAUAUUGUUUAGGAAUACAAUGUUAACCACAUGUUCUACAAUACAUGGACAUAUAGGCUCUACAUAUAAUGCAUUUUGUCACACAUAUUAAAAGAACAAGUCAACAAAUUAGUAUCACGGUAAUGGUUCUAUUUUGCAUAAAUAUUUUAUUGACCAUAUAUUUUAAUUCGUUUAUGGAUGUCUAUCGUUUAACUUUUGCAAACGUUUUAAAGCGUAUCUAAAGUAUUUGUAAUUUAAAACGCACGGUUAAAUAAUGCGUAGUUCUGUAUAAAUUUCAUUAGCAAUUAAAAAGUAGAAGUAUU